CCGUGUCCCUUUAAGCAGGGAGUACAAAUUCUCAUCGCAGUCCCUCCCUCCUGCUCUUCCUGACGUCAGGAGGAGGGCGUGUGUGAGUGAGUGAGUGAGGGGCUCGAGGUGCCGCAUGCUCACACACACACACACACACACACACACACACACACACACACACACACACACACAGAGUCAUACCCACAACCCAUCCUUCAGACCAUCCCCUGCUGGCCAGCUCCGAGCCGGAGACAGGCGGAGUGCUGAAGGCGGCCGCCGGAGCCAGUGCCUGGACCUCGGCAGCCAGGGAGAGACGGAGCCUGUGGCUGGCACGGCUGCCGAGCAGGGCCAGGCCGGGCCCUGCCCGCAAGGACGCCCAAGCUCUUCGCCGGCCCCUGUGCCCGAGAGCCCACCAGGCUCUCUUGCUGGACCCGCCAUGACUUCAGAGCCCACGUCGCCCCCGGUAGUGCCCCCACUCCACUCCCCCAAGUCUCCUGUGUGGCCCACCUUCCCCUUCCACCGGGAGGGCAGCAGGGUCUGGGAGCGAGGCGGCAUCUCAUCCCGGGACCUGCCCAGUCCUCUGCCCACCAAACGGACCAGGACGUAUUCAGCGACAGCCCGUGCCUCGGCUGGCCCCGUGUUCAAGGGCGUCUGUAAGCAGUUCUCACGCUCACAGGGCCAUGGUUUCAUCACCCCUGAGAAUGGAUCCGAGGACAUCUUUGUGCACGUGUCUGACAUCGAGGGGGAGUACGUGCCCGUGGAAGGCGACGAGGUGACCUACAAGAUGUGCCCCAUCCCACCCAAGAACCAGAAGUUCCAGGCUGUGGAGGUGGUGCUCACCCAGUUGGCCCCACAUACUCCCCACGAGACGUGGUCCGGCCAGGUCGUGGGCUCCUAGGCUGGGGGGCUCACGUGUCAGCUGCUGGGCGGGUGGGGAGCCACACUGGGUGGAUGGGCAGUGGCGGGCUCUAGGCCCCGCUGCACUGGCUGGCCGGGGCCCCUGGGCGGCCUCAGCGUGCACGUCUGUCUGUCUGUGCUUGUGGCCGUGAGCACGUGCCUCCAUCCACCCCGCGUGACCCGUGACUGUUGUGUGAGCUGGACCAAAGGUGAGGCCCCCAGGCCUGCCUUCUGGUUGUCCGCUCUCUCCUUCCCCUCCCUGCCACAUCCGCACAGGCCCCUCCCGCCCUCCUGUCCACUGAGCCCCUGAGGGCCUGCGUCGGGCCUGGGACUGGGAGGCAGGGGGCACCAGUGGGCCCCUCCCCGUGCAAGCGGGUUCCCCUUGCCUCUGCCCCAGGCCCAGCCCAGGGCCAGAUUCUGCUUGUGCUACUUACACCUCCCACCCUGGGCUGGGGUCUCCCACGGUGGCCUGGACCCCUUCCCACAGAAGCCAGGCCAGCGAGAGCUCUGGGGGAGCCUCCCA